AUGGAGUCAGAUCAUCUUAAGUACCAUGGGAGAUGUAAGAAGUUUGGGAAGGGUUGCACAUGGAUGAUUCGCAUCAGCCUUCGAGCACGGAAGGGAACCUGGGAGGUUCGGCGGUACAACGGACCACACACAUGCUUGGCUACAUCGAUAUCUAGCGACCACCGACAACUAGAUUAUCACGUGAUCUGUGCCAAGACAUUUUCUCUGGUUUGCGCCAAUGCGGCGGUAUCGAUAAAGGUGUUGCAAGAGCCAAGAAGCUACCGAAGGAACGUACGGGUUCAAGCCAAGUUACAAGAAGACGUGGUUGGCAAAACAGAAGGCGAUAGCACAGAUAUACGGGGACUGGGAAGAGUCCUACGCCGAGCUACCUCGUUGGAUCCUUGGUGUGCAGUCCACCAUGGAGGGGACGGUUACGUUGUUGAAGACAUCUCCGCUUUCCGGCAUUGCAAGCCCUUCGUAAGCAUAGAUGAUACUCAUCUGUAUGGCAAGUAUGGAGGGACUUUGCUCCUGGCCAUCGCUCAAGAUGGGAACUCCAACAUCUUGCCUAUUGCUUUCAGUCUCGUGGAGGGGAAAAAUGCCGAGUCUUGGUCUUUCUUCCUGACCAACCUGAGGCAACAUGUGACUCCGCAACAGGGGAUACUGGUCAUUUCAGAUAGGCACAAUGGCAUCAAGGCUGCACUGGAGAACCCGAACAAUGGGUGUUUCAAGGGCAUAGAUGCAAAGCGUUUGCUUGUGAACGCUGCUUAUGCGAAGACUGAGGCAGAGUUUGACUAUUGGUUUGAUAUAAUGCGGACUGAGAAUCCAGCAAUGUGUGAUUGGGCGAACAGAAUAGAAUACGAUAAGUGGACUUAG